UUUUAUGAUUUACACAUUUGAGAGCUAACACACUGACAGGCUGACACAAAUGUCUCUAAAUUCCUGCAUAUAUUAUUUCAACUAUACAUUGAUAUAAAUGAAUGCAAUAUCAGACAUGAAUGUUUCCAUGGCAACGCGACCCUUCCGGAUGAGUUUAACUGUUACACAGACAUGAUGGAGGUGAGUUCAGAGGAACACAUGGAGAAUGAAGAUCCAGGAGCUGCGCCGUAUGGAAACUUCAUCAAUUAUUACACCUUCAACCCACCGCAGAACCGCGUCAGUUUGAUCCCAGCGUCACUGCUUGAACACAGCAGCGGUCAGACUGUGUUGAUUCUGGAUGUGGGGUGCAACUCAGGGGACCUGUCUGUUGCUCUGUACAAACAUCUAUCACAUGAGCAGACUUCUGGAAGUGACGAGAAAAGAGAAGUUCAUCUGCUUGGAUUUGACCUGGACCCAGAUCUCAUCCUUCGGGCGCAGAACACUAACCCCUUUCCCCAGAAUAUCCAGUUUCUCCCUCUGGAUAUCACCGAUGAUGGAGAGAGCCAGACAGUGCUGCGGUCUUACCUCCAGAGAUUUGGACGCGCUCGUUUCCACCUGUGCACCUGUUUUGCGGUGACUAUGUGGGUGCAUUUGAAUCACGGAGACUCUGCGUUUCUGUCUCUCCUCUCCAGACUCGCAUCUCUCGGUGAGUGUCUUCUGCUGGAGGUGCAGCCAUGGAAGUGUUACCGCUCCGCUGCACGGCGGUUACGCAAACUUGGGCGCAGCGACUUCGAGCACUUCAAGACUCUUGAGAUUCGUGGCGACAUGGCCGCUCAUGCUAAAGAGUAUUUGGAAACGCAGUGUGGCAUGGAGCUGGUGCAGAGCUUUGGGAACACAUCAUGGGACAGAAGUCUUCUGCUGUUCAGGACACGAUAAUAUACGUUUAUAUUCAGAGAGAAGAUUUAUUCAAUUAAAAUAUACUUGACUGUAACGUUUCUGUGGUCCGUUUCCAUGACUACUGCCCCAUGAACAUCAUGUUACCACCGUUCAUUCUUUUGGAAAAUGUCAAAUAUUUGUGUGUGAGUGUGAGUGUGUGUGUGUGAGUGAUGUGUGUGUGUGUGUGUGUGUGUGAUGUGUGUGUGAGAGUGUUUGAGUGAUGUGUGUGUAUAAAAACAACAGUGGCAUUAUAUAAACAAACUGGCAUUUAAAAUCCUGAAUAUGAAUGAAUAUUUGGUAGUUUUGAUCAGGACUGAUGUUGGUUAAAAAGUCAGUGAAAGUGGAAAAUAAUAUUAAUAUAUAAUAUUUUUAUGGCAGUUUUUUAAUUGGACAUUUUUGUCCUUUAAGGACCUCCGAGUAACUUUCAUAAAUUGAUGCACAAGCGUUCAAAUUUGUACAUCAUUUUAGAGAUGAUCAGAGUUUUACACAAUGUGAUUUGAAGAAGCUUAUUGAUAAAAUA